UAAAAUGGUACAUUUCGUUCCACAUCGAUGGAGAUUUUGGUACAUUUUUAUUUCACUUUCAUUCUAAUUGUUUUGGAUAUUGGAUACACAUUUAGCAGUGGUAGCCAGAAUGAUUCAACAACAGAUACUAGUAUAUACGGUGAUGAAAAGUUUAACUUCUUCACCACUGCUGGUGGAGCUGCACUGUCUCUGGUUUGUUUAAUUUUACUAGUUGCAGUAUUGUGUCACCUAGUAAAUGUGAAGAAGAGGUUAAGAAGAUUGGAAACGCAAUUGGCUAAAGACAAAAAUGAAAGACAACAGCAGUCCAUACUCAGUCCUCAGCCAUCAAUCAUAUCAAACGUACCAGAAGAUGUCGAAGAUAUACCUCGUGUAUCAAGACGUUCGGAGUAUAUACGUGUGAUAAGGAAUUUUAAAGAUUUGAGAGAUCGGGUGUCAAGAAGUUUUCCAUUUUUUAAUACUCCACGUAGCAGUGCAGAUACAUUCGACUUGUCUAAACAAGACGACCCUAUUUACGAUGACAUAACGCAAUAUCGUCCAAAAGGACAGAUACCCGAAAACCAGACACACUGGUGUUGUUGUUGUCGUUUGUCGUCUAAUAAUUAUGCACAAACAAGCACAUCAGAUGCAAAUUCACCGGAAACUAAACAUGAUGCACAUCUAGACAAAAAUGAAAUAAUCGAUAACCCAUCAGCCAAGGAAAGAGUAAAUACAGAAGCAGAAAUACACCACGAUAACAGCGAUACAUUAACAAGGAAAAAAGAUAACAGCGAUACAUUAACAAGAAAAAAAAAGAAGCAAAAAGAACAAGAAUCUGACAAUCAUAUUGAGGUCAAACACGUAGAUUUUGAUAUACGAGAAAUAUGCAUCCAGCCGACCACCACAGACGAUGUUACAAUAGGAGUAGCCCAGAAACCAGUCAAGCAAGUCAACAAAGAACAGCAACUCGUGUCAUUUGGGAAAAAAUCUACAAUACCUUUCAUGGGACAACAGAAACCUAAACUUGUGCCAAGGAAAGUCGAUCCAGUUUCGGUACAAGGAGAGUGCAAUACGUUUUCAAGUCAUGGAACAAAAACAGUUCAAGGAAUCAAACUGUCUUUUCCAUUCCCAAUUAAACAAUCAAAAUCUUUACCUGCAUUGAACGAAGAACCAAUAGAUGAGUUUUCAGAAACGUCAACGGAGGAUGAGAAGGAAAGAGACCCCAGUUAUAUUGAUAUGGGAGAUACAUUAAUUACGAAUCAAUGACCAUUUCUGGCACUUACUAGAAGUAGAAAACAAUCUUCAUUUAAUUAUAUAGGACCGAAUCAUAUCAAAGAUAUUAGUAUUUAUACUUUAUGUCAUGGUGGACGAAUACCAUGAUUUACGUUAUUUUACUGUCAUAUAUUUAGCUGUUGAUACUGUUGUUUUGCCGAACAUAUGAUAUAGAUGCUAUAUUGAAACCGCAUGCCCUUUUCGCAUACUAUGUAUAAUAUAUCGCGUUUGGCAUACCUAUAUAUAUAGUGUCACAUCCCUGUUUUGGAAAACUUUCUAAAAUUAUCGUGUUUAAACAUAUGAUAAUGUGAAAAAUACAUGGUAUUUUUAUUGCAUGCUGUAUCGCCCAUCGAUCGAUAUCAGCCAUAAAGCCUUCAGUCCUCUGACUGAUAUUGAUCUCCUGGAUUGAUACACGUGAUUCAAAGUUAGCUUUAUAUUAUUCUCUAUUCAUAGCAUUGAAAGUACUGGCAUAAAUUAUCAAAUGUUUAAUUUUACAGCAUUUUUCCUCAUCAUCACGAGAAAUUAUUGCCAAACGAGAAUGAACAAGGACAUAUGUUUCAUUUCCUGCGGAUGGACUCUUAUAUUUCAUAGUGAAAUGUUUUAAUAGUUGUUUUGAUUUCAGUUUGAUAAGUUUUAAUUGUCAAAUCGGUCAGAACUUGCAAUCAGUUGCACUUUUUUUUUCCAGUGAGUACCCCUUUAAUGGGAUAACCAGUGAGUCCAGAACAAUAAAAAUAAGUAACUUUCUUUGUGAUUUCAGGGACAUUAGCUGCUAAUUCGUAUCCAUCGAAUUGAUUAAAACUUUCAAAAUUUGAUUAAAUAUGCUAAAACGUAUAUUUUAAUUACGAAAAUCACAUAGGAAACCACCAACAACGCAAGAAAUUGUAAAAAGUAUCAAAAUUUUGGGACUGAUCGCCAUUUCUAAUUUACCAUCGAAAUGACCUUCGAAGAUUUUCGAUUGGUAUGUGACCUCUAUAUAAAUAAACAUAUAUAGAUAUAAUCAUAUAAAUAUAUAUAGCACGUUCAAUAUUAUACUGAUGAUUUUUCUGCUCAACUUGCACACCAAAGAUAACAAAAAACAUAAUGCACAUUAUCGUUUUACCUAUAACCUGUUUAAGAAUGAUUUUUUGCGUGUCGAAACAGUCAACGAAAUCUAUCUUCCUGUUAGACCUUAUUGUCACUUUAUCAGCUGACAUUCUUUUCAAUAACUGAACAUGCUGGGAUCAUUGCGCAAUCAUCUCCAACUGAGGUUAAAUCAAAGGUUGCAUACAUAUUGAUCCGGAUGAAGUCAAUUAUUGUCUUGCAUGUCAUUAAUGUAUCAGCGAUGUUUUUUUGUGCUUAUUUUGACGAAAUUGGGCCAAAACAUCUUGCGAAUAGUGAAUAAUAGUCCGUUCUUGAAAAUGUUUGAAUACAAGAAAAGCAGGUUUUAAUUAGUUCAACUUAUAUUUUCAAAAUCGUAGCUAAUAUCCCUUUAAGGUAAAAAAAAGAGUAAAUUAAUAGUAUGUUUACACCAGUAACUAUUGUGAUUAAAGUCAUUUUGCAAUCAUCUUAUCUGCUAAAUUGUGGCAUUUUGCACGAAUAUAUAUUGUCUGACUUUCAGUAUUUAUAUCAGUACUGAUGUGGUUUAUAACAUAUUUUUCGUUUAUACAUUGAUAAAUUAUUAAGAAACAGGUUCGAACUCCCUUGGGCAAAGUUGACCUUAGAUGGAUUUCAUUUUGAACAUUAUUUUUGGGUCCUUUUUUUUUGUUAUAACAGUUCUUCAAAUGUUACGGUUCUCAUACAUCCUUGGCUUUCAAAAUAUUCAGGUUUUUAGCUUUUCUGGUGUAGGUAAAUCCAGAAAAACGAUUCGGGCCGAUAAAAUUUAUAUUAUUUUUUGUAUAACACUGUGUCGAUACCGCUGCUGGUGGACUAUGAUUCCUUGAGGGUAUCAUCAGCUCACUAGUCAAGACUUCGGUACUGACAUGAUUUUUAACAUAAUUUUUCUAAACUGUCCGUUUAUAUAUUGAUAAAUUAUUAAGAAACUAAGGUUCCAACUCCCUCAGACAAAGUUGACCUUAGAUGGACCUGUAGAAAACUGAUUAAAAACGGUAUUUCACAUCCUAAAUUGUACGGUAAUAUUGUACUUAAAGCGCGGAAAUCACUAUGUGAUCCGUGUAAACUCAUCGAACCUUUAAACAAACUUAUUAGUAAAGGUUAUCUUACCAAUGUUGUAAUUAGAUCUUUGAAUAUAGUUUACAUUGGCACUAAUAUCGAUUUUGUCAUCAGCAAAUUAAAACAUAACUAAAUUUGUAUUCUUUUCAAACGGGAUGCAUAAAGACACACCCACGUUCAUUUUGAUCUAUAAAGAGGUAAACUCCUAACUAUCCUACUGCCUGUCGAUACAUUUAUUUUUGCCAUUGCACAAGUCAUGUCUUCUUUGACUGUCCAUGACGUUAAAAUACUAAUUGAUUUUAGUCUCUGCUGCAUGAUUUUUGAUUAUUAAUUGUUUUUGGCUUUUAACUAGCUGUCAGUAACUGCGAGUACUCUCAAAUCAAACUUUCUUGUUUAUUUGACCUGUUGAUACUUAUUGUAAUGCUUUUUUGUUAUUUAAUGUUAUUCAGGGUUAUAUCUGGUCUAUAUACCAGCUUUGAUAAGUGUUUGGUAUUACUAUAAAUUUUCAGUUCGUACUAUGAACAUCAAAAUUAUUUAUUUUGUAAAAAAUAUUUCCUUUCUCUAUUUGAACUGUACACGUAUAACUAACAACAAAAUUAUUUUCAUUUACCUGUGUUUAAAGUAAUUGCAAAUGGUUGAUACUUUUGUUCGAGCAUAUUGUUUUUCUUAAAUUGUAAAUGGCUGCAUGAUAUUUUUGUUCGAGCAUAUUGUUUUUCUUAAAUUGUUUAACAUUUCACAGCGGUAUAACAUGUUACUUUUAUUAUUCUUCCCUUAGCUUAUUUAUUUUUUAUUUACAUUGUAUCAUAAAUCAAAUUUAUUUGUUCAGUGUAUGUUCACUAGUGUUAAUAUGUCCUUUGAUUGAGUUAAGCCAUUUUAGUUGAUAUUUUAUAGUGUGUCUUUCUAUGUUGUGAUGUUACACUAUUGUUUCAGAUAAGAGUGAAUGUUUGGUACCAUUAAAACGUUUAAACCCGC